GGCCCCAAUAGAGUACAUUGGUCAGCCAGCAGGCUGUGUAGCUACCCAACUGUUUUGUGUGUACUGACAUACUCUUACCUUAUCCUUCCACGCUCAGUCACUGACAGUCACUGCAGCGCAGACGUGUGGUUGUGUUUAGCUUAGCUUGGCUAUCGGUAGCUUAGCUAUGUUUCAUGCUUCCGCUCACUCAGGACCUUCUCAUUGGUUUAUAUUUGUGAUACGAAUGGUUCGUCAUAGGAAUCAUAACAUAGUAUAUCGUAUGAUUCAUGUACACAGAUUAAACAUGUUCACAUUUUUAUGGCGUAAAAAGGUACGCAUAUAAGCCAGCUAUAACUAAAUAAAUAAAAAAUAUGAAAGUUGCCUUCAAUGAUGUCAUCUCUGUGCGACGACGCCGCCGCAAGUGAGCGAGCAAAGAACAGUAAGGAGCGGGCUCGUCUAGCUGCCGUCUACAUAGAGUGAAAUGAAUGGUUUGUCAGUAAGUAUACUGAACUAAACAGGAAACAUAACUUCCCAUAUGUAGCUAGAUGGAUUGUGCCGGUCAGCCUAAGGCUCUGCGCAAUCUGAGCCUUAGAAUGGAUUCGGUGUCCAGCCAGAUAGCGAUCGGCGUUCUGGCCGGCGUGGGCUGCGGACUGUGCAUCGGGUGGCUCCUCCGCGGUCGGCUGGGCGGGCGGGCGAGGGGCCUGAUGCCUGCGGGCGGGAACGGCGGCGGGAGCGUGACCAGCGUGAUGGGCGAGAGCGGCGAGUUCAAGAUGACCCUGGUGGUGCGGAACGACCUGAAGAUGGGCAAGGGCAAGGUGGCGGCGCAGUGCUCGCACGCGGCCGUCUCCGCCUUCAAGCAGGUCCAGCGCCGGAACCCGGACCUCCUCAGGCAGUGGGAGUACUGCGGCCAGCCCAAGGUGGUGGUCCGGGCGCCGGACGAGGAGAGCUUGAUCGAGCUGCUGGCCCACGCCAAGGAGCUCGGGCUGCCCGUCAGCCUGAUUCAGGACGCAGGGAGGACCCAGAUCGCCCCUGGCUCACGCACCGUGUUGGGUAUUGGGCCGGGCCCAGUCGAUCUCGUGGACAAAGUCACUGGACACUUAAAACUUUAUUAAGGUUCCUCUAGCAGAGAAAGUAGAUCACGGCCUGUCAACAGACCAUACAGUUGUACAGUGCAUUCCCGUCUAAAUGGCUGUAAAUGUCAAUUUUUUUAUUUUACAACAGAACCUUGGAAUUAAAUUUACAUUUUGAUUAAAUAUCUCCUUUGCACGACAGUAAGCAGUUCCCACUGGAUCCUUUGGUCUCAACAGAGAUCCAAGAAAACCCAUUUCUGUUGGGGUUUGAGAAGUCUAGGAAUAAGUGCAUGGAAUAAAACACAUUUGUUGAGCAAUUUAA